AGCUAGAGACUUUGCUUUCUCACCUUCUUCUUUAUCUAAGGAAACAGAAAAACAGAGGUUUCUUAAGAGAAACAUCAUAUAAUCUUGUGAAGAGAGAUGGGGAAUUACAAGUUCAGAAUUUCAGAAAUGCUUCCAAAUGCAUGGUUCCACAAGCUCAAAGACAUGACUAAACACUCUAAACCCAAAAACAAACCUUCUUCUUCUUCCUCAAACACUUGUAGCAAGAAGAAACCUUCCUCAGAUUCUCUUCCUCAUCACUCUUAUUUCUCCAACAGCUUAGUAGCUAACAAUCCUCACCAUAACUCACCAAGAAACUCUCUUCACACAAAAAGGAUGAGUAAAAGAAAGACACUUUACAAGCCAUCCCUUAAAUCUUUGACUCCUCCUCCUCUUGUAUCUGCAAGUUUCAACAAGAUCAGCAAGAUCAACGGUCAAGAUUCGUCUUACAACAUGUUCCCAGCUCUUGAAACCUCCCCUGAGUCUUUUGUGUACAGUUUCUACGAAGAGGAUGAUGAUGAUGAGUUCGUUGACUUUUCCAGCUUCAAGAUCAACACAAAGACCAAAGCUUUCACCAAGCACAAGGUCAAAGUGUUUGAUUCGAAAGAGAAAGCUUGUCUUGCAAGUAAUCCGAUCAAGAAACCGCAGAAAAGCCAUCUUUCUGUGAGAAUUAACAGAGAUAAAGAAGAAGAAGACGAUGGUGAAUAUAGAGCAGAGAAGAAAUACCAAAGGCAAGUUUCUAGUGGAAGAAAAUCAUCUGCUGGGAUAAACCUCAAAAGAGUAAAUUCACCUAGAAUUCAACUCUCAGGUACUCGUAGAAGCACUUCUAGAAGAUCAGAGAGCAAACAAGAUGUUCUUGAGAGCUUCGCUGUGAUGAAGCGGUCCGUGGAUCCAAAGAAAGAUUUCAGGGAAUCAAUGAUUGAGAUGAUAGAAGAGAACAACAUCAGAGCUUCAAAAGACUUGGAGGAUCUUCUUGCUUGUUACCUUUCUUUGAAUCCAAAAGAGUAUCAUGAUCUUAUCAUCCAUGUUUUCGAACAAAUCUGGCUUCAACUUACAAAAACCAAGUAAAGAAAAGAAAACCUCUUAAUGUAAUAGUAGAGUUAACCUAAUGGUCAAAUUAGUAUCAAUAUUUGUCUUGUGAAAUUUGUAAUUGUUGACUUCUUGUUGAUGUUCAUAAGAAGUUAGAUUGAAUUGUGGUGAUUCUCUUUGAAUCCCACUUUUUAUGUAUUUUUUUUUCUUAUUUAUUUCUCUUUUGUAAAAUGUAAGCAAAAUAAUAAAAGUUGUUAUCAUAU